AUGUCUAUCAUUUUUGAUUCAGAGAAAGCCUUCAAUAACUUCGAUGAUGAUCUCUGGUUCGAUGCUCCUGAAGAACUCUUCAUGGACGCAUUGGAGAACCAAGAGGAUGAGAUAUUCGACGUAAUCGAACUUCACGCCUAUGUCGCCAAUCCCGAGGAGAAUCACUUCCCCGAAAUUCCCACCGUUGUCCUACAAAAGAGAAUCGAGGCUUUCUAUUCUCGUGAGCCCGCUCCUUUUGAAGAAGAUGAUCCAAACCUUCAAAAGCUUUUCGAAAUCCAAGAAGCCCUCCAGAGCUUGCAAUAUAACCAUACACAUGCGAUGGGGAUUGAGGAUAAGAGAUUCCAAUCCAUCAUAUCCCGCCUCGACGAAGCUACCAAUCGACCAUACGAUCCUGAGAAUAUCCAAACACAUGCUGAUCUCAAGAGAGAACGAGUAUUGUAUGCAAGAAGACUGAAUGAGGUCACGAGAACCCAGGAGCUUCUGGAGAGAGAGUAUAGGGUCGAGAUGAUGGAGCUUGAGAAACAAGCUGUAGCGAUCGGUGAUGCAUGGGAUGCUCACCAAAAGAUGCUAGCCGAGCAACAACAAAAGGUUGCUGAGAAUCUUGUGAUAGAGGAUCGAAUCCGCUUGGGAAUCUUGAAGCAGAAGCACAUCGAGCAGUACAAUCUCGAAUUGCAGGAUAUUGUCACCAAUCAAUUCAACAAAAUCCGAGAACUCGAGGAUGAUUACAACGAGGCACGGGAGGAGUUGAACAAAGGUCCUUUCAUCUACCACCCGGUAUCUCUCAAGGAUGAAGAGCAGAUCCAUGCUGAGGCCAACGAUACUCAUGGCCAAUUGCAAGAGAGCGUCCCAGAUUCCGAGGCUAGUACCUGGAAGAUCGAGAACGUUGCGGUCCCAAGCGAUCAAAGAGAACCUUCGGAACAAAACAGUUACCACCACGAACUUCAGGAUGAAGACGACGUAGGUCGACUGUACGCUUUAUACUCUCGAGAUUCCAAGAAGAGGAACUUCGCCUUGGCAAAGUUCUUCAUAGAUUUACAGAAGCGUCAUGAAGACGAGAAUGAGCAGAGAGCUCAUCCAGCAUGGGAAGUCCACGAUUUCGAUUUUGCACAGGACUGGAUCAAUAGCGUACCUGAUAACGUCCAUAGCCCAGAGGCUAGUCCUGUGGUUGAUCCGGCUCAAAGCACGAAGCGCACAUUCAGUGACUACGAGAAAGAGGAGAAAGUUGCCGAACAACAGGGCAGAAAGCGACUUCGCCCUGUAUCACUGAUUUCAAGGACACCAACGCCACCAGUGGUGACUGCUCGAGCACUCCAGAAACCUCGCCGCAGUAGUCAAGCUACUGACGAAGACUUGGGGUAUUAUGGCUAUGAUGGGCUAUACUAUGCCCACGACGGAUGA